GAGAUUUCUUGCCGCUUCUUCUUCCCGCGAGACACGAGAGAUACGGCUGAGGUUGUUCGACGACAAGGACAAUCCUACUUCUCAUUCGAGGCGGCCAGGAAUGACAGCCUUAUGAACCACUAUAACCGGUGCCUGAGUCUUGGCUGGUUAGCCAACAUUGAUAUCUCCCCCUAUACCAGCCUCCAAGCUGUGAUUAAUUAUGCAGCCAAGUAUUGCAGUAAGAUGGAGAAGCGGACUGACAGUUAUGCCGGCCUGGGGCGGCAAAUCUUGCCCUAUGUCUCCCACCAGAAUCCACUUCUAUCUUUUGCCUCGCGUCUGAUGAACAAGUUGCUUGGUGAGAGAGACUUUUCGGGACAGGAGAUCUGCCAUAUCUUGCUCAACUGCGAGCUGCAGGAGGGUACCCGUGUUCUAAGAGCCGUCGAUUGCCGUCCCUACGAGCAGCAGGGACGGUCGCUUCGCCUCCAAGGUGAUCAUGACGACGGUGAGGUCGUUGGAAUAUAUGAGAAGUAUCUUUCUCGCCUUCCCCUUCAUGAAGAACUCACUUAUCUCGACUUCCUAGCCAACUGGAAUACAAGCAAGAGGGAUGGGAGAAAGUGGACACGCUGGAGUCGUCAAGCCAAGCCUCGCGUGCUAUACUACUUCCCGCGGUACAAGUCCAAUCCCCGACAUCACCAAUACGAUGAUUUUUGUCGUGUGAAGCUAAUGCUGGCUCAUUCACAUCGCGAUCCCAGCGAACUACGCAAGAUCGACGGCAUUGAGUAUGACUCGUAUGCGUCUGCCGCCGAAGUCUGUUAUGCGAAGCAUCAGCACCCUGAUGACUAUUAUGGCACACCUGACGCUGAAGAACGUCGACCAGAUCCGGACGAGUUCGAGGAAGAAUUUCACGAGCCUGAACUUCUAGAGGAGGACUGGCUUGAACUUGCCCGCCAGCUUCCCGACUGCGCACCAAGCCAAGAGGCAAUAGAUCUUCUGGGUCGGCGGGAUAUCGAUAUCCAACACGACUGGACGCCCCAUGUCGGCCGCUACGCUGACCCAGGAAUCGUUCAAGGCGAUUAUUGGCGCCACUUCAUUGAGCAGCAUCGUCUC